CUGUUGAAGCCUGAUGUAGUAAAUAAGCAGACAUUUUAUAUUAAACAGUACACAAAUGCUGAUGAUUUAUCAAACAAGAUUGAUGAACUAGAAAUUGUGAUGUUAUUGAAGGAUAUAGACAUUGGGAUUGUAACCAAAGUGUUUUGUAAGAAUCAAGACUUAAAAUGUUCACCCCAACAGCUAAGGAAUAAGCAUUGAAAGGGUUCUAGUGUUUUAUCUCAAGAUUGGACUUCUGGAGCAUAGACUAGUACAGAUGUUAAAGACACUAUUUAAGCUGAUUAUAGUGAAGAAUUAAAUGACACUGAAUUUUGUGAAUCUGUUUGGUGCACACUGAGAAUUGAGAAUGCAAACAUAUUAUUGGGUGGAAUAUACAAAUCUCCUAUCAAUCUAUAGAAUCACAAGAAUUUGAACAGUUUAAUACACAUGUAUCACAAGCUUUUCAUAUGGAUUUCGAUCAUAAAAAUUGGAAAACAUGUACAGUAAAUAAAAAUAACACAUCCAUCAUUUUAAUUCUUUGAAUAUGUAAGAGACAAUUAUCUAAGCCAACAUAUAAGUGACUUUACAAGAUAUAGACAGGGUCAAGACCCUAACUGCUUGGAUUUUGUAUUACUAUCUGACAAUCAAAUAGAGAUUGAAAAUGUAUCUUUAAAUAGCAAAUAAGGUGCCAGUGACCAUGUUUCAAUAUUUUUUUUAGAUUCCUUUCAUUGAGAAAAAAAAUCAAAUAAGCAGUGCAAAUACUUCAAAGGGGACUAUUUUUAAAUAAAGUUAUUUGAGCGGUGUUGAUUGGAGUGAAAUGGUCGAGAUAAAUGUCGAGGAUCCAUGAACGUUUUUUCAACAGCAUGUUAAAUAUUGUGUGGAAAACUUCAUAUGUAAAUUUGGCAAAAAGAAGGUUAUUAAAAAACCUAAGCGGAUGGAUUUUGAUUGUGUUUAAAAGGUAAAGGAAAAGUAUAAAGCCUGAAAACGGUUUACGUACAGGGCCUUCAGCCGUAGUGCUGGUGACUAUCAAAACUACUGUAAGCUUAGAAAUAGUUCAACCCAAGCCAUUUGAUUUUCAAUGAUAAAGUACCGGUAGUAUUUCUUGAAAGGGAAAACACAAAGCAAGAGUGGGAUUUGCAAUUUAAGGGAUACAGACGGGAAUAAUAGAACCAGGAAUAAGUACAACAGCUGCAUGUACUGCAAUGGUUUCUAUGGCAACAGUUUCGGGGAGCCCGUGUGUGGCACGUGUCACAUGUUCCUCUUCUCCGCAGACAUCAACAAGGAGGAGGGGGAGGAGGAGGUCUUUCCAGAGAAAGCAGACUCGGGCGAUAGCGGUACAGAGGAGCCUGACAUGGCCCAGGAUUUCUGCGCCCAGCCCCGGGUAGCGGCCCCGACCCUGCAGGUGCCCCGCGUGGCCCCGGUUUCUCACAAGAUGGACCGCCUGGCUGAGCGGAUCGGCAUGCUGACUGUCCCCAGGGACUGGGACAACAUCCCAGAGGGGCUGGUGGACUCCUUGCCCCCCGAAGUACUGCUACUGGUGUUCAGUUACCUUGAUGACAUCUCGCUGUGGACGGCGGGCAUGGUGUGUCAGCGCUGGCAGCACCUGCUGUGCGGGGAGACUCGCUGGCACGAGUUUGUCAUGCUGCGAUGGCCGCUCUUCAACCCAAAGUACAAAGUGAAGAAGUGGAAAAUGAUCUACUCAAAACUAUUGGAGAGCUCACCAUGUCGAUACUGUCUGGAAAGUAUGAGACUACAGAGUACUCCCCCAAUAGAGGAGAACUCCUGGCGACACAGGCGAUUACGCAGCGAGCUGAAGACCUUACGCUCCGACCCGCCGGAAGGGAUUCGCGCCGAGCCCCUAGACAGACACUGCUGUCACUGGCAGGCAUCAAUAACAGGGCCCAGGGGCAGCCCCUUUGAGGGGGGACUGUUCCUGCUUUACCUGCAGAUUCCAGACAGCUACCCAAUGCGACCACCAAGAGUGCAAUUUAUCACAAAGAUAUUUCACCCAAACAUCAGUCGUCACGGAGACGUGGGUCUUGACUCCAUUCACUACAACUGGAGUCUGGCGUUGACAAUCUCUAAAGUGUUGAUCAGCAUUCAGUCGCUGCUCACUGAUCCGUAUUGCGACGUGUGCAUGGAGCCAGUGAUUGGACGAUUGUACAGGAACAACAAGGAGGAAUUCGAUCGAAUUGCACGCCUGUGGACUUGGAAGCAUGCGAUGCAUGACUUUGUCAUGCCAAUAAAUAUAGAUCUUAACGGAAUUUGAUUAUGAAAUCAGAAGAUCAUCUAUCAUCUUAUUUUAUAUGGAGUUAUAUGUCCCCAAAAAGAUUCAGGCAUCCCUGCAUUACACUUGUCAAUCUGAAUGUAUUUUCCAAUGUGAGUGUACUCAGCUCCUCAUAAACUUCUGGGUGGAUUUAGCUCAAACCUUCACCACCGAUUGACGGUAUUUUGUAGAUGAUAAUAAGGGAAGGAAUUUUCGCUGCACCAGUUUUGGCAGAAUUAUGGCUUUAUGUCAGUUUGCCCACUAAAGAAUAUAGUCAAUAAAAGUUUGCGUACUUUACUCCUCUUUAAUUGAUGGUGAGAUUUUUCUCAAACUUUUACAGAUGAUUGGCAUGACUAAAUAGGUAAUCGUUUAUUAAGAAAUUUAGGCUGAAACACAUUGUGGCAGAAUUAUGGCACUUUGACUUUGUUCUCAUUAUAACAUAUGUAGUCCCCAUAAUUGUGUGCUCUCAACUAUUUUUAGCUCACCUGAGCACAAUGAAUGAUAUCUUGGAUGAGUUUAAAAAUGGUUUCGGUUGCUUUAAAAACAUUGCCACCAGGGGGUGGGGCAUUUUUCCUUAUAUGGCUAUAUAAGGCUUUAAUAAAACCUUGUAAACACUCUAGAGGCCACAUUUAUUGUCCAAUCUUCAUGAAAUUUGGUCAGAAGAUUGGUCUCAAUGAUAUCUUGGAUGAUCUGCUUGAAAAACAUGGCUGCCAAGGGGCGGGGCAUUUUUCCUUAUAUGGCUAUAGUAAAAUCUUGUUAACACUCUAGAGGCCACAUUUAUUGUCCGAUCUUCAUGAAACUUAAGAAGAUUCAAUCCAAUGAUAUCUUGGAUGAGUUCGAAAAUAGGUUUCAGUUGAAGGAAAAACAUGGCCGCCAAGGGUGCGGGGCAUUUUUCCUUGAAUCUUCAUGAAACUUUGUUAGAAUAUUUGUUUAAAUGAUAUCUUGGAUGUGUAUGAAAAUGGUUCUGGUCUUUUGAAAAACGUGGCUGCCAGGGUGUUCACUAGUCAUGAAAGUUGGUAAGAACAUUUGUUCUAAUGACAUCUAGGGCUUCAAAGAACAGGUCAUUUCCUUUGAAUCUCAGGUGAGCAACUUUGGGCCUUUUAGGCCCUCUUGUUUUUAACUGCUUGGCCGAUUUCACUCAAAAUUUCACAGUUGAAUGAGCAAAAUGUAAUGAUGAAUGAUAAAACAUUUUAGCAGAA